GAUAACAAAAUAAUAUCAUAUCAGUGUUAGGGUCUUAGUAGGCACCUCAUAGACAAUUGAAAUUAGUCACUUAUAGAGUUCGCGAACAUGUCAUUGAGCCUUGACUUGUAAUGUAGUAGUUGAAUGUGAUGUUGCGUCGUUACUGUAAAUUAGUGCUAAAUAGUGAUAAUAGAUUUUGUGGAAGUGUUUAGGAAGCAUUUUUGUAUAAUUAUAAAUCUUAUAUUUUUUUUAUUAUUGUACUGAUAUAUUAAAAGUAUGAAGGGUCCUUCUCGGCCCGCCCCAGCGGUACCAACAGGAGCAGUCAAUCGCUAUUCCCCAGUCACCAAUUGGAACGAUGAUCCUUUUGGUGCUGAUGUAUUUGAACCAUCACCCCAGUUUGCACAGAAGAAAAAACCACCACCGCGCCCUCCACCACCCAAAAUAAAUUUUAAGCAACCUGAUGUUCCCUCAAAACCAUCACACUUUAUUAGGAGACCAACAGUUCUUACAUCAUUAAUGUCAAGGAAGAAAAAUGGAGUUGUGAAUAAUCCGAGUGGAAAUUCAAAUCCACAGGAUGUGCUGUUUUCUGAUAUCACAAGUGAGAUUGAAACUCACAGGAUGUUUCCUAAAUGUGAACCUAAGAAUGUUCAAACUGGAGCAUUGAUAGACUUAUCUUCACCACCUAGUUCCCCUACAUUUACAACUAGGUCUAGCAGUGAUGGUCUCAGCGUAGACAGCUUUGGGUCAGAUGCUACUACGUCAACUAACCAUCAGAAUGUCAAUAAUGGUGGUAAUGCCUCACAGGCUGAAAGUGGUUUUGAGGAUGAUUUCGACCUGAUAUUGCACUCGAGAAAAACUGUUGUUAAAGAUGAUACACUGGAUGACUUUAGUACCAUAGACCCAUUCUCUCCACUACCAGCUUCAACUAAACCUCCAGUAAUGAAGAAACCUGUUUUAAGUACAGAUCUAUAUAAUGUAUUAAGUGUCGAUCAUAGUCAGCCUUGUCCCCUGAAAACCACAAAGGGGCCAACAAUAAUCAGAGCUAAACCAGCAAGACCUAAACCUCCUGAUAACUCAACAUUAUUGAAAAAUACUUUUGGAUCCAGUUUCCCUGUGGCUCCUAUGAGUAUUAAUACAACAACACCAAUACAAAAAAUUAACACUGGCUUUGGAGAUAAUUUUAAUACAAAGCCUAUUGGCUGGGAUGUGGAGAGAUCUACGGAGCGGGAGUCAUCGCCGCCGAUGCCCUGUGUGCCGCCACCGCCACCGCCUGAGGUUGUCGAUGAGGAUCUGCCAGUGAAAUGGCCUGAGAAUUUGUCAGAAUUCGAAGCAGAUGAUGACGUCGGGGAAGAAAACGAGGAACCACAUGCUGUGGCGCUUUUCGAUUAUAUUACGGAUCAUCCGGAUGAUUUGUGUUUUUCGGUAGACACACGAAUACAAUUGAUACGAAGAGUGGACAACGAUUGGUUAUAUGGACGCCUUCGAAGCGGCGUCGAGGGUCUUUUCCCAUCAAACUACGUACAGAUAAUAGUCCCACUGCCCACUGAUGCACUGCCGACGUCGCCUCAGAUCGGUAUUGCCACUGCGUUAUACGACUUCGAACCAGUCCAGCCCGGCGAUCUUCGAUUCAAAACUGGUGAUACCAUCUAUGUCUCACAUAAACUCAGUGAAGAGUGGUACUAUGGUGAAUGUCAUGGUAUGAAAGGACAAUUUCCCUUUAAUUACGUACAAAUGAGCUAAGUCCAGUAUUAUACCUCGUGACGUAAAAUCAAAUUAAGUUUCGAUUGUGAUACUAAGACGUGGUUAAUUAUGGAUGGAAAUAAUGACAAAAAUUUUAUAGGAUAUGACGUGCCCUGCACGACGACUGAUGUCUAUCAUACUAUAAGCCACAAUUUUGUAAAUUUUAUACUUCCAUGAGAUAUGGCAGAUAAUGUUAUAAAUUUACUUUGAUAUUUGCGAGAUAUUAUAUUGUAUUAAGAACUUGAAUACGCAAUUAAAUGGAUUGAUAUCUUAUACAGGCUAGUUAUUUUGAGGACUUAAUAUCCUAAUGUUCACACCAGACAAUCUGCGAAGCCAUUAGUAUUGUACAAUUAUUAGUUCGCGUCUUCGCACUAUUAUUGUUGCCAUAAUAAAGUAAGUAACCUAAUUAGCUUUACUAGCAUUUGGAACGUAUUUGGGCAUACUAAGUCUUUUUAACACAUUUUUACACAGUAAUAAAAUUACUUGUACAUUGAGAGACAGCUUAUUGAAUGACUGAAUGUAAAUAGAGCUUGUAUAAAAUUAACGUCCCAUUAGAAUAUUAAUAUAUUUUAGUUUGUAUUGGUUGUGUAAUAUAGACUUAAUUUGAUCUGAUAAUUUUAAGGCUUUGUAAUUAUUAUGUACAUUUUGUUGUCGACCAAAUAAUAGUAGUAGGUAUCCAUGUUUUGUAAAACAAAGUGUGGUUUAUCGAACUUUAGUAGGUAGUCUAAGUAUAGUAUCAAAUGUUUUGUCUUUAUUGAUAUACACUAUAAAUAAUAUUCCAUUGGUAAUUAUUAUCGAAUUGUCCAAUUACUAUUUAUUUCGUUAGCUAUUGUAUAGACACUAUUGUUCAUAUCAACCAAAUCAAUGACGAAUUAUUAUAAAUAUUAUUUACGCAUUAUAAUAAUUUUGUAUAUUUUUUGUUAAUACUUUUUGUGUCAUUUCUUGUCAAAUAGUAUGUAUUUUGGAGGGACCAUAAUGUUAAGUGCCUUAAGUAUUUUGUGUAUAUGGCGAAUUUAUUUAUGUAUUGAAAUAAAAUCUACUUAAUGCAAA